UGUUUGGAUUAAUAAAAUUGAUUUAUACGUUCGCACCAAUUUAAUUAAUCUAGUUAUUAUGUAUUUGUAUGGUCUUCUAGAUCUUUGCAAAUGGAACAAAAGCAUCAUACAUAACAAGUUACUAUCUUUCAUAUUGUAUAGUUAAAAAGACACAUUCCACUAAUCUAUAUUCCUUCUUAAUCAUAUAGAAGUAUCCGCUUUAUAGUUUUUUUUAAUUAAUAUAUAGACCAAAAAUGACAACACAUUAAUUAUUAAUUGGAUCUAAAGUAACAUAAAUAAGAAAUUUAAUAAAUUAAAAAUAAAACUUAAAUAUUAAGAGAUAUAGUUAUAGAAGUUGCCCUCUCCCUCUCUCUCUCAUAAGACUUUCUCCAAAGGAAAGAUUUUCUUCUCUCUCUCUCUAUGUUGUUUUGUGUGUGUUUACUUUCCUAACAAUCAAACCUACUUUUCUUCUUUCAUCAAUUUUGUUUCCCAAAGUAAAGAGAAAAAUAGUCUCCCUUGAUGUCUGAAGAAGGUUCUGUGGAAACGGUACUUGUAAAGGACGUGGGACCCGUGGAAGAUGUUGUUGUAUCUGAGGCACCCAAGGGUCAAGAAGAGUGUGUAUCAGAGACUAAGGAAGUGCCUGUCCCUAAGCCACCAAGUGUGAACUCAACUAGAGCUGUUGGUACACGAGCAGGUAAACCGCAGGUUAAGUCCCGUUAUCGCGGUGAUCAUCAUGUGAGCUCAAUUCAUGAUCACUGCAAACAUGGGACACAUGGCAAGAGGUGUGAUGAUCAUGAUGACGCGGUGAAACCAUGGAAGGUGGUGAGGAGAAAGAGUGUUGAAGCCUCAGAGACGGUUAAAGUUGAGACUUCAGGUUUGAGAAGGAAGCCGUUGGCAAGUGUGACCAAACCAGAGAGCUCUGAGGCUGCAAAGAGAGAUGUGUUGGCUGUGAAGAAAAGUACAAGUUCACUUGUUGUUAAAAAGGUUCCUGGCUUGGGAAAUGAGAAGUCAAGUUCUGCUGUGAAGAAGGUUUCAAGAAUCAGUGUUGCUCCAAAGAGUCUGAAGAACAAGGAGAAGGCAAAGACUCAGACAAUUAGCGGUGAAGAUGUGAAAGAGAAGACAGUGUGUGUUGUUGAAGCUAGCGUCAAAGGUGUUCAGAGUGAGAAGCAAGCAUCAUCUGAGAAGAAAACCAUGAGUGAUGCAGAGCUUGAAGCAGAUCAAACCCCUGAGAAGAAGAUUAGGCCUAAGAGGAUGAUGUCAGGUGUAAAGGUGAAUGUAGCUAACCAGCUGAGUUUCAAGAAAGGGAAGACUCUUGAACCAAUACCUGAGGACGCUUCUCCUAAAUGGAUCAAGUUCAGAAAGAAGGUUGUGCAGGAACUGAAACCCCAAACCGAAGGGAAGAAGAAGAAGAAGAAUCUGAAAGGUACUGAGGCAAGAAGUGAUUCUUGUGAAGGAAGCAAACGUGAGAAGGUUGUUCUGAGGCAUCAGAAAGCAGAAGGGAAGAAGAAAAUGAUGACACUGUUCAACAAUGUGAUUGAGGAGACAAUGAAUAAGUUGACAAAGGUGAGGAAGACCAAAGUGAAAGCUCUUAUUGGUGCUUUUGAAACUGUGAUCUCUCUUCAGGACAACAAGACACCUCAGAAAGUUCAGAGCAAGGCCACAACAUUUUAAGGUUUAGUACUUUGGGUGGCCAAUAGUGAAACAACAGAAACUUAUUUGUGUGUUGCAUAUGAUCGAUAUAACAUGCAAUAUUUCAAGCUUUGAGAGCUUAUUUUGAGAGGAAGAGAGCUAGAUAUUGUCUUGUUACUGUCCUCGAGAGAGCAAAAUGAUUUAUGUAUGUACUUUUGACAAUGACUUGAUAACUGAAGAUGAAGUUGUAAAGAUUUCAAGUCUUAUCUAUUUUCCACA